CAUGUUAAAAGAACUUUAUCCUGACUACUAGAACCCGUUUCGUGGCGUUCAUAUUCUUUUUUGACACCAACCGCUCCCAACUGGCUAUAUUCAAGCGUCAUUACGGUCAUUACCCCGUUUUUAUCUUGAUUCCUGGUUACAAAAAUCAGCGUUCUGGCCUGCUCAAACUGCCAGUCUCGGCCAAUUUGGCUAGACUGAAUCCCCCCCAUAAGAAGUCCAGAACGUCAUUGAUAAGUCAAGAUUUGCAAAGAAAUACUCCCCUUUUAUCAUGGGUCGUGUCUAUUUAGAGCACAUGGGUGGGCAGAAAUUAUUCAACUGUGGUCGCUGUGGCACGUUUUUGACCAAUCGCAAUGAGCUCAUGUCGACUCGGUUCACGGGGGCCACGGGUCGAGCCUUUCUCUUCACCAAAGUGGUCAAUCUCAAGUACAGUGAGGUCCAAGAUCGGGUCAUGCUCACGGGUAGACACAUGGUCCGAGAUGUGUUUUGCAAGAACUGCGGCUCCAAAUUGGGCUGGAUGUACGAAUUUGCUCUGGAGGAAAAUCAACGCUACAAAGAGGGACGGGUCAUCCUCGAACGAGCCCUCGUGGCCGAAAGCGAAGGCUUCGAAGAGUUUCCAAUCACGUCAUAGCCCAAGGCACAAACAAAGGAGGAGGAGGAGGAGGAGGAGAAACGCCCAAGUCACUUCAGCCUUACCCUCGGCCUCCUUUGUGGUGUAUAUAUAUCACAUAUCGACUUGUUCAUAUUCAUAGUAGAUACGGCGAAGAGUUUCACAAGUGCAUGUGCCUCUCCCACUUCUUCUUCAUUGUACAAUGAUAAUCAAUUCAUUCUGAAAUCUUCAUUCACCCUGAACCCCUUUCCGCACUCUAAUUCAUUUAGAGGAAGAAGAGAACAAACCAAACCAUAGGAAAUAAUUUUAAAAAAGCCACCCACCAUGUGUUCAACGGUUUUUAUGGCUGAACCCACUAACAAUUGUGUUCAUAUUUCACUGAUAAAUGAUAAUCCGACGUGGAUUGACUGCUCUUUCAACAUAAUCAAAUUGUGUUCCUGAGUCUUGUUUUUUUUUAUGCAUAGCCCAAUUGUAUGUACAAACUUUGUCAGAAUAAAUCAAAGAAACAUA